CCGCGUCACGCGAGAGUAACGCUACCCGAUUUAGAAAUCAACACCAAUUUUCGACCGCUCAUUAUGAAAAAAAUAAACACCCCUCCACCAACCACUGGAGUUUCCACUUUGCAGUAUUUCGAUGCCACUCCAGAGGGUUUUUUCCGAAGGGAGGAGUGAAAGUUCCCCAGGGGUCGCUCUGCUGCUUCGAUGACACGACAUCAUGAUAAUUACCGAUUGGUUGUGAGAGUGUGUUCAGCAUUGGAAUUAUGCAGAGCGAUAGCUUGCCGGAUGCAGUAAUAUUGGACCAUCAGUGUGUCAUUGAAUUUUGUGGGGACCGUGCGCAUUUCGACCGACAGUUCUUCCCAUUCAUGCAUCGCAUAAACCUGAUGCUAAAUUUAGCCUGACUGGCAGUGUAUACAAGUGUCGGUGCUCUUUUAACAACAAUUUCUUACACGAAUGCUUUUAAGUUUAUUUUGUCGUCUAUCGCUUGUGAUUUUGUUAACUUCAGUGAUAAACUGGUUGGCAAGUUGUGACUCUAUUUUAUUGGUUUUUUUUUUAAAUCGCCCGUGAAACUGUUAGGUUCACAUGCCAGGACGUGAGGCAUGUUUUAUUAAGUCUGGACUCUUGCAUUUAUUUUACUAGUUUCGCCCUUGCGAUGGUUGUAAAUGUUGGAUUGUUAUCUGCCGAAUAAACUCAUCGACAAUAUCAGAGUCAAUAAAGUGGCUAUUUCGGUUCAGCUCUGCUCACUCGUCCUAGAUUGCUCUCUGUUUGAGAUAGAUUUGUGUAGAAAACACUUUACAGAUUCGGACUUUAAAAUCACCGGACUACGGUUCAUCUAUCAGCAGAGGCCGGUAACUACACCAUGAGCGGUCAGCGAACACCCACAUCUCCACCCCCGUCUUCGAAUAUGUACCCUGUCUUGCCGACAAGCCCGGGCGGUCCGCGGUCUCCGCGCGCCGCUUCCAGGAACACCACCGAGGCCCGGCUCGCCUCUCCGGACGACAAGGUUGUAAACAACGUCAGCUCCCAACAGGCUAAAAUACUGGAGGACAAUUUUAAGCAGAACAAGAACAUGGAUGAAAUCACCCUUGAGAUUGUGGCUGCAGAGGCUGGUCUCUCACCCGAAGACGCUGCUAGAUGGUUUCAGAACAGGAAAGCGAUUUGGAGACGAAACGAAGGACUGAGUCCAAACAGUCGGACCCUGGAAGAAAUGUAGAAGUGACGUCACUUUACCUCAAUAUUGGGGCUCAACAAUGUGUAUCAUGGUACCACGUGCCGCCACUGUCACCAGAGCCACUGUGAACAUAUCGACGAUGAUAACUUGUUCCCUCUUUUAUUAAGGUGGCUAUUUUCACCUAACUUAUGCCCCUAAAAAAGAUCAAGAGUGUAGAUGACGUUCACAUUUUGUUAUAAGCAAGCCAAUAUUCCGUAAUUGGGUAGGGCGCCACCGCGCCAGAUAGUGGCCAUGGCAGCAGCCAAACACCAUUUAGACUGGACCCCUGUCUUUAUCCCCGCAAGGAUACACAAGUCUCGAAGUGUGACGUCAGACGUUCAGGCUAAACCCAUUAUACACCCCAGUUCACACUAUUUUUGAAUUUUGGAUCAGAGAGUGCAUUAGGCUAUAGGCCCCCAGGCUGACCCCCUACGUCGGUUUAAUCACAACCAUUUUGAAUCCCAAAGUAUUCCCACAUUCUCCAUGGAGCCUGUCACCGCUGAGAUCAACCAAAGGAAACGUGCAAACAGAGAAGACAUACUGACGUCACCCGAUUGAAUCUCUUCUUUUUCAUGUUUGUGAAGAGAUCGGCCUCAGCUAUCGGGACUACAAACCUUUGAUUUUAGACCAAUACAUGUACUCUUCAUACUCCUAGUUUUUUGACUGAAGUUAAACAGGUUAUGUAGUAGGUGACUGCUGCACGGGGGUUCAACGCACAUUGAGGCUAUAGAUACUUUUGCUCUGGUUCAAACCUUGAAAACAAACUAUAUUGUUGUAAUUUAAGUGAAGUUACUUAUUUUAAUCAAUAUAAGUGUACAAUUAAAGACAGUGGACACUAUUGGUAAUUGUCAAAGACUAGUCUUCAGACUUCGUGUAUCUCAACAUAUAAAA